CUUUGAGUUGAAUGAGUGGAGGCUAGUGGGCAUGAACUGAAAGACUAAAAAUAAUAGUGAGCGCAUUCGCUUUGUGGAAGACUGUUCCGAAAUAUAAUUAUUUUUCUUCAGCUGGACUGUUAACAAAGAUGCAACGAUGACUCAACCACAGCUAAAUGAAUUCAUUCCGCCUCCGGAGUGUCCUGUUUUUGAGCCCAGCUGGGAAGAAUUUGCCGACCCUUUUGCGUACAUCAACAAAAUACGACCAAUUGCGGAGAAAACCGGCAUCUGCAAGAUCCGACCGCCACCGGAAUGGCAGCCACCUUUUGCCUGUGAUGUUGACAGGCUGAAAUUCACACCACGAAUUCAAAGGCUUAAUGAGUUAGAGGCUCAAACCAGGGUUAAACUAAAUUUCCUGGAUCAAAUUGCAAAAUUUUGGGAACUCCAAGGAUGCACUUUGAAAAUCCCUCAUGUGGAAAGAAAGAUUCUGGAUCUGUAUCAGCUGAAUAAGUUGGUGAAUGAAGAGGGGGGCUUUGAUGCCGUCUGCAAAGAGCGGCGCUGGACUAAGAUAUCGGUCAAGAUGGGCUUUGCGCCUGGCAAGGCCAUUGGCUCUCAUCUGCGGGCACAUUAUGAGCGGAUCCUCUACCCGUAUAACCUUUUCCGGAAUGGAACCAAUCUCUCCCGGGCCACUUUGACCAAUGACACUAAAGACAAGGAGUACACUUCUCAUGACCUGCCUCAGCGGCAGUCUGUUCAGCCUCAGGAGACCUGCAGCAUCGCACGCCGUGCAAAACGGAUGAGAUCUGAAAGAGGUUGUUUCAAAAGUGAAUCUGAGACCCGUCCCAAUCUGAGGAGAAGAAUGGGAACUUAUCUUACCAAACCAGAACCUGUGAGAAUGGCCGUCACUGAGGUGAAAAAGGAGCCCAUUGAACAUGAAGAUCCAAAAGAAUAUGAAGAAACUGAUUUGAAUAAAAUAAACAAACCUACAGUGAAUAAAGUGGACCAUUACAUGUGUCUGGUUUGUGGCAGUGGAAGUUCAGAGGAUCGCCUACUAUUGUGCGAUGGUUGUGAUGAUAGUUAUCACAUCUUCUGUCUGAUCCCACCCCUUCCUGAGGUUCCCAAAGGUGACUGGAGAUGCCCCAAGUGCUUGGUUCAGGAAUGUGGCAAGCCUGCUGUUGCUUUUGGCUUUGAGCAGGCCGGCAGGUGUUACACCCUUCAAUCCUUUGGAGACAUGGCUGACUCCUUCAAGUCUGAUUAUUUCAACAUGCCAGUCCAUAUGGUCCCUACUGAGUUGGUGGAGAAGGAGUUCUGGCGUCUCGUCAGUACAAUCGAGGAGGAUGUCACUGUGGAGUAUGGGGCAGACAUUGCCUCAAAGGAGUUUGGGAGUGGUUUUCCUGUGAGAAAUAGCCAUUUUGAAGUCUCUCCUGAGGAUGAGCAUUACCUGACCAGCGGCUGGAACUUGAACAACAUGCCUGUGCUCGAUUCCUCGGUGCUGACUCACAUUACAGCUGACAUAUGUGGGAUGAAGGUUCCCUGGCUGUACGUGGGGAUGUGCUUCUCCUCUUUCUGCUGGCACAUUGAGGAUCACUGGAGCUACUCCAUAAACUACCUUCACUGGGGAGAGCCAAAGACGUGGUAUGGUGCUCCUGGUUAUGCUGCAGAGCAUCUGGAAUCAGUCAUGAAAAAAUUAGCUCCUGAGCUGUUUGAAUCCCAGCCGGACCUCCUUCACCAGCUGGUCACCAUCAUGAAUCCCAACACGCUGAUGAACAACGGCGUCCCGAUCUAUCGCACCAACCAGUGUGCAGGAGAGUUUGUCAUAACUUUCCCCAGAGCUUACCACAGUGGAUUCAACCAGGGUUUCAACUUUGCCGAAGCGGUCAACUUCUGCACCAUGGACUGGAUGCCCAUUGGCCGCAACUGUGUGGGUCACUAUCGCCAGCUGAGCAGAUACUGUGUUUUCUCACAUGACGAGAUGGUUUGUAACAUGGCCUUUAAAGCAGACACGAUGGAUCUUGACCUGGCUUCAAGAGUGCAGGGGGACAUGACUACCAUGAUCCAAGAGGAAAGGCAACUACGGGAAAAGAUUGACAAAAUGGGUGUGGUGCAGUCUCGACAAGUUGAUUAUGAGGAGCUCCCAGAUGAGGGGCGGCAGUGCUCCAAGUGCAGGACCACCUGCUACCUGUCUGGCAUCACCUGUGCCUGCAGUCCUGGCAAGGUGGUUUGUUUGUACCACGCCCAGGACCUGUGCUCUUGUCCUAAUAAACACCUCACACUCAAUUACAAAUUUACCAUGGAUCAAUUGUACCCCAUGAUGGCAUCAGUGAAGCUGCGUGCAGAGUCGUAUAAAGACUGGCUUCAGAGUGUUCAGGACAUUGUGGAGAACAAAGGAACAAAGAAAAAAGGUUUGGAGGAGCUUCACAGCCUGAUUGAGCAGGCAGAAACAAAAGCGUUCUCCCAUACCAGCCUUUUGGAUCAGCUAAGUACCAUCACUUCGGAGGCGGAUAAAGUUGCUGUGAUGGCACAGCAGCUUCUCAAUGGGAAGAGGCAGACAAGGUAUCGUUCUGGAGGCGGAAAGUCUCAAAACCAGAACGGGUUGGCCGUGGAGGAGCUGAGGUCCUUUGUGCAGCAGUUAGACAAACUACCAUGUAACAUCAGACAGGCGCCUUUACUGAAGGACCUGUUGACCCGGGUGGACGACUUCCAGCAGUGCAGUGACCGUCUCCUCUCUGAUGAGACCCCCAGCCCGCAGGAGCUGCAGGACCUGCUGGACGUGAGCCUGGGCCUUGACGUGGAGCUGCCCCAGCUUCCUCUGCUGAGGGAGAGACUGGAGCAGGCUCGAUGGUUGGACGCCGUGCAGCAAGCCAGCAGUCGGCCUGACAGUCUCUGCCUGGACACCAUGAGGAGGCUGAUAGACCAGGGCGUCGGCCUGGCUCCUCACAGCUCUGUGGAAAGGGCUAUGGCUCGUCUGCAGGAGCUGCUGACCGUGUCAGAGCUGUGGGAAGAGCGGGUGCUUGGUCUCAUGGAUGCCAGGCCAUAUCACAACUUAGACACACUUGAUGCUGCUCUUCAAGAAGUAGAAAAUAUCCCGGCGUAUUUGCCCAACUGCCUGCAACUGAAGGAUGUCAUUACAAAGGCCAAUAAAUGGCUGCAUGAAGCGGAAACCCUCCAGUUGGGGGGACGUAUUCCUGUGCUGGACAGUCUGUCUGAGCUGGUUCUCAGAGCAGAGAGCAUCCCGGUGAGACUUGAUCCUCUAAGCCGACUGGAAGCCCUCAUCAGUGAUGUUCAGAGCUGGAAAGAGAGCGCAGCAAAAACAUUCCUACUGAAAAAUUCUCCCUUUUCUCUUCUUGAGGUCCUCUGCCCAAGAUGUGACGUUGGAUCUGGGCAUCCAAAGUCAAAGUCUAAAAAAGUCAAAGAAUUUCCACCACUUGGUAAAAAAUCUUUAUCAAAACUGGAAUCUGUGUGUGACGUGGAGAGAACUCUCUCUGAAAGCAAGGACUCUGCCUCUGCUAUGACCACUCUUGCUGAGGUCCGUCAGAGAGAGAUGGAGAUAUUGUUUGCUCUUAGAGCUUCAAACGAGUCCAAGCUUUUACCUGCUGAAAACUGUUGUGCACUUUGCAUUUGCCAAAAGGCCCCUUCAGGUGCCAUGGUACAAUGCGAGCUUUGUCGAGACGUUUUCCACUGCAGCUGUCUCACGUCAGCCGCAGACAUCGAGUACAGCAAAGCCUGGCUUUGUCCACUUUGCCAACGGUCCAGGAAGCCACCUCUGGACAAGGUCUUGCCCUUGCUGGCCUCCCUGCAGAGGAUUCGGGUUCGGUUGCCAGAAGGAGAUGCCCUGCGCUUCCUUAUUGAGAGGACGGUGCGGUGGCAACACCGAUUUCAGCAGGCUUGUGCAGAGGGAGUGUUGGAGAGGUUGUCGGCUAUGGGGAGAGAUGGGCCAAGAAUGUCUUCACAUCUGACUCAGGAAAUAAAUAAUUGUUUUUUUACAGAGUCUAUUCCAAUCCACGGACUCAGUCCGGAGCUGGAGGAACUAAUGGUAGAGGGGUUCCUGCUGCAGGUAACCCUGCCUGAAACUGAGCAACUGUACAGAUAUCUGCUGUACAAACUUGUGCCCCUGCCCUCACACAGCCCCCCCUGUGGGAAUGGCACAGAACAGCCUCAGAAAGGGAGUCCCCAACACACCAAGACUGGAGUGUCCAGUCUGAAAAAAGAGGCAAACAGUCAAAGCAAAAGGACAAAGCGACGUAAAGAAAGCUCAGACUCUCAGCACAGUGAGAAGGCCAAGAAAUCUCGCAAGAAGAAGCCCAAGAAAAGCAAAGAAAGGAGUGAAGAAUCAAAGAGGACGAGUUCCCCAACACACACAGUAUCUGACCCCUCUCUUUCAGAUUCAGAGGAGGACUUUUCACUUUGUGCUGCACCAUGGUGCCGAGAGCCAGAGGGCGACGAGGUGAACUGGGUCCAGUGUGAUGGCACCUGCAAUCAGUGGUUCCACCAGGUCUGUGUAGGACUGUCUGCUGAGCGAGCGGAGAAGGAGGACUAUAUUUGCAUAAGCUGCACACAGCCAGACUAUGACAGAGGAGAAUGAAGACCAAAAAAUGAUGCUAAAGGAUGAGCAGUCUUUUCUGAAAGCCGCAGCACUUAAGCGCACACCUGAACUAUGUGUCAUGUGGCUUCUCCUCGUUACCUUCUGGCUUGCCCUCUGUGAACAUGGUGCUAUUUCCUUUUUUCUCUUCUUUUUUUCCCCCUUGAGUUACAAAAAGACUUGCGUCACUGUUUUUUGUCCCUUAGCUGGUUUUUCAGCUAAUCAACUAACCCUUUCUGAAACUUUUCAAGACUUGAUGCAGAUAUGGUAUAAAAAAGAAACAACAGCGCAGGGAUUUUUCAACCAAAAAAAUGUCUGUUUGACAUUUCAGAACUGUUUUUCUUUGACAUGCAUCUGAACAAUGUGAAACUUAUCUUUCUCUUGUAGAGUAAAUAUUAUUUAUCUGAGCAAUAGCUGAGCAGAUUAAUUCAGGUUCAGUUUUCACCUGAGCUAUAUUUGUGUGUAGAAAUUCUUUGAUAAGAUGCCUUCCUGAAGCAAAAACCCUGAGGACUUCACUUUUUGAACCCUGGUAUAACGCAGUUCAGUCCAGAUUUGUGUGCACCUCACAAAAGAAAUGGGAUUAGUCCUCAUCAAAAGUUUGCACCUGCUAACUUGCCCACACCCCUUAAAAUGUCACUGGCGUAGAUGAGAAAUCAGGUUUCCCUUUUGCGCUGCAAGAUGCAGGUCCUGGAUUCCCUGUUCCUGGCAGGGGAUGAGACUUGACUAUGUUCACAAAGUAAGAAUGAACUGUCCGACAUCGAAGGAAUGUACAUUUUGCUUUUGGGUGAAUUUCCGUUUAUGGUUGAGGUUGAAAAUAAUUUUGUGGGACUUGGGUAGAAUACAGACUUUGUGAUUUAUUUGCCACGGGUAUAUUACCUUUUUCUCUCUUUCCUUUGGAUAAAUAAUAUAAUUCAUAUGUUGCAGUUUGCAUUAUAAAAUAAAAUGUUUGUUCCCAUA